ACUUUUUAAGCCGUGACGUCAGCACGCAAACUAUAUUGACGUUUUUUAUAAUAAAAAUGCCCUGCUGUGGAAAGGUAUGGGUUACAAAAGUGAAACCAUUUGACGGUCAGAAAGAUGAAGAAGAGGAUACAUCGCUAGAUGAUGGCCCACUAACAGAUCGUAGUUGUACUGAUGUAAUUUUCCUUAUUAUAUUGGUGCUGUAUUUAGCUGGAAUGGUUUAUGUAGCAUACAUAGGGAUCAAUAAAGGUGACCCUUAUAAAAUGAUUUACGGUGUGGAUAGCUGGGGCAAUAUUUGUAACCGCGAUAAUGAGCCGAUUCCAGGCGCACCAAUGUCUGGACGAAACAUGAUUGGGAAGGUAAAGAAAUUUUACUUCGACCAGACGUAUUUUACCUCCCAGAUUAGUACAGGACUACCGGUACUUGAUGAAAGUAUCUACAUUUCCACUUGUGUGUCGGGAUGCCCAAACGAUACACUGGUAGAUGGUUCAGCUAUUGAUGAAUAUCGGAACAAUUCUGGAAUCAACCUCUGUAGAUAUGAUACCUUGUCUUAUGUGUCAGAUAACCAAAUAUGUCCUACUCCACCUAUAACUAAGCAUGUAAGCGUGUUUAAUAGAUGUAUACCAGAAGUCUUAGUCAACCUGGCAGGUACGAUGGCAAGAUCGUUUACAUCAGUGCUAAGUGGCGUUACCGUAGGAGGAGACAUAAGCAAGAAAAUUGUAUCUGACAUGAAAAAUACAUGGAAGGAAAUAUUAUAUCUAUGUGCAAUAUCUGUUGGUGUUUCCAUAGCUAUUGUGGCAUGCUUUGGAUUUUUGGCGGCCAUAAUAAUAUGGUUCAUAGUGAUAGCUGUAAUUGCGUUUUGUCUCGGAGCAACAGCGUACUGCUGGUCUUCAUGGUAUAACCUGAAAAUGGCAUACGAUAGUCUUGUUGCAUCACAACAGACAGCUGACAGGAGUGAAGCUGUCGAAACCUGGUUAAUUUAUGCCUGUAUAGCCACUGGAAUUACCAUCAUUAUACUGCUGCUGUUGUUGAUGAUGUUUAAAAGAAUUGCACUAGUUGUCCAGUUAUUCAAAGAGGCCGCAAAAGCAAUCAGAUGUAUUCCUUUUUUGUUGCUCCAACCUCUAUGGACAUUAAUUAUACUUGGUGGAGUAUUAGCUGCGCUUGCUAUUAUAGCAGCACAUAUUGAAACAUCUGGAAUUCCGGUGGUGAAUAACUCAACAGGAAUUGUCAAAUAUGAUAUGGAGGAUACUAUGAGGUAUCUACGAUGGUACCAUAUAUUUGGAAUCCUAUGGAUAUCAGCAUUCAUUGUGGCCUGUCAAGAUAUGGUUAUUGCUGGUGCUAUCGCAACAUGGUUUUUCAAAAGAGAUAAGAGCCAACUUGGAUGGCCAGUACUUGCAUCGAUCAAAAGACUUAUAAGAUACCAUCUUGGAUCUGUUGCCUUUGGAUCGUUUAUAAUUGCGCUUGUCCGUCUGGCCAGACUGGUCCUUGGAUAUAUUCAGAACAAGCUCCGUGGGAAAGUAGGGAAGGUGACCGAUUUCCUUCUAAAAAUGUUGCAAUGUUGUCUUUGGUGUUUUGAGAAAUUUCUAGCUUACCUAAAUAGAAACGCUUAUAUUGAAAUAGCUAUUUAUGGGUAUAGUUUCUGUAGAGGAGCACACAAGGCGUUUCUGCUAAUCGUUGCCAAUGCUUUGAGAGUUGCAGCUAUAAACUCCAUUGGUGAUUUUGUACUAUUUCUCGGUAAACUGAGUACAAUGGCAAUCGUAUUAGUCAUUGGUCAUGAAUUUCUCAAGCAUAGGGACGACAUUAACUACAUGUGGGCACCAAUAACAGUUGCAGCAGCUUUUGGGUUUGCAGUGUCUCAUUGUUUUCUUCUGGUCUAUGAGGUUGCCAUAGACACAAUAUUUUUGUGUUUUUGUGAAGACUGUGAAAGAAAUGAUGGAGUUACAAAGCCAUAUUAUAUGAGUAAAGACUUGAUGAAAUAUCUUAAUGAUAGUAACAAGAUGAUAGCUAAAGAUGAAAAGACAAAGACAAACAAAAAGGAAGGGAUGGAAUUAGAAAAUGUCUGAUUGUGCUUGUAACUUUUCACAAACCUUUAUUUAUUCAUACUGUAUAUUGUUAUAUGUUGUUAAGUUUUAUAAUUCUUAAUAUAUAAAAAUAUUAUAUAAUUCGUUUAAUUGAAACAGUGUAUGUUUAAUGGUUUCUUUACAAAGAGUUUCAUUCCCCAAUGUUUAGGUAAAUCGUACUCGAUUUUAUAAAAUAUCACUGGCUAGAAACGCUGAAAAAAACUGUUAUUUCUGUGGUCUUUUGUGGCUGAAAUCAUCCAUUUGGGUUAAAGAGCUAUCAAAUAGACUUUGAUUUAACUUGCCUAUAUUUCAUCUUUCGUUUGAAGCCUCCUCGUUGAUAUUUGGGCAUAAGCAAUUAACUAAUUUUC